AUGAAUCAAUCGCCCGAGGGAAUCUCCCCAACAGGCGUCGACCCUGCUGUCGCUGAUGCUUCGAAUCAGCCCGCCAAAGCACAGGCUAAAUUCCCUCCCCCGAAGACGGACAAACCUCGACCACACGUCUGUGGAACCUGCGGCAGAUCGUUUGCCCGACUGGAGCAUCUCAAGAGACAUGAGCGUUCGCACACAAAAGAGAAACCCUUCGAAUGCCAGGAAUGCAAGAGAUGUUUCGCCCGUCGAGACUUGCUCCUGCGCCAUCAGCAAAAGCUACAUUUCACCAACAACCCAUCCAGCCGGCCGAAGAACAACAGACGCGAGAGCACAAGUGGACCUGUCAAUGGUGGCCGUGUAAGAAAAGGCUCAAUAGCCACCACCACUGCCACUGGCGCUGCAGGAGGAAGACCUAGAGCAAACACACUUGGUCAUCUGGACCUGGGAUCCCUAGGACUGAUGGGAGUUGUGUCUCCUGUUGACGCACAAAGGCCGACCCAUGCUAGCAUGGCCCAUCACCGGAUGAGCAUGAGCAAUACCCAGCAGCGCCCAACAAACCUGGACCUCAAUGGCAUCAAUAGCAUGACGCACUCUGGUAUGAGUCAGCACGAUGGCUUCGACCUGUCUCGCGUAGACACUCAUACUUCUCACAUAGACUUUGGUGAGCCUUUGACACAUGUCCAUACGGCGCCCGCAUACACAGGCAUGCAGCCCUCCGAGUUGGAACAGCUCUUCACUCCAGGAGGAAACACUGUAAACCCUGCUCAGUUGCAUUUCGCAGCCUCGGCAGCGCCGCAAUCUGUGCACCUUCAAAACUUCCACAUGAACCAAUUUGAUCUAUUCGGUCAAGGUGACGACUUUGCAUGGAUGCGAGAAUGGGAGCCGCAACUCCAGGCACAUGCCAACAACGAGGUCAUUGAUCAGUCUUCUCCUUCCCAAUUCAGCACUGCCAGCCAGAGUGGUUAUUCCGAGACUGUGACAGACGGACCCUUCCACAUCAAUGUCUCCCAGGCCGGUUGGAAUCCCAAUGAUAUGCAGGCUCUGAUGACCCCCGGAGCUUUGAAUUUGGAUAUCCUCGGCACUGGAUUGCCAUCAAUUGAUCCUCCAAUGAACACAAUCUCGCCGCAAAACCUACAUGACCCUUCUUCCACUACCGAUAGCAAGAUGGAUACCCUCAUGAUGCACUCUGGCGUGCACGACUCUCUAAGUGGUAUGCAUUUCAACCAAUUUCAGCAAUCGUCUCUUCCCAACUUUGAUUCGGACAGCCCUAGCAUCUCCUCGUCAUCCGUACCAGACAGCGCGAGACAAAGCUCUGUAACCUCCAUCUCCACAGAUUCCAUCACAGACGCCACUCGCCAGGCCUUGCUCAUCAGCCUUUCGCAACAAUCUGCCUUCAGUCACAGAAAGUUCUCCCAGCCUUCCAUCAGCUCGCCCCUGUCGCCUAGACCACAAGGACCGAAUCUCCCUCCAACUGCUGAUCUGCAACGUUACAUCAAUGCAUACAUUCAGUACUUCCACCCUCAUCUGCCAUUCCUCCACAUACCUACACUAUCCUUUGACUCGCCCGAAUACAUGACCAAUUUGCGGAGCGCAGGAGCGCAGGCUUCGGCUAACCACAGCGGUGUUGUCGGUGGUGGAGGCUGUCUGAUCCUGGCCAUGGCUGCCAUCGGUGCUCUUUACGAGUACGACCAUCUAGCCUCAAAGGAACUAUUUGACUCCGCAAAGAAGAUGAUCCAGCUCUAUCUCGAAGAGCGUCGCAAGGCCGACAUGUCCGCGGCUGUCAAUGGAGGGCAAUACUUCAACACUGAAAACUCCUCCCACAACACACCGCUGUGGCUGGUCCAAGCAAUGUUGCUGAAUGUCAUCUAUGGCCACUACUGUGGUGACAAGACUGCGGCGGAUAUCGCGAGCAACCACUGUGCAGCACUGGUCAGCCUUGCUCGUGCCGCAGAACUGGCACAGCCGUCCACGGACCAAGAACACUCCAGCGACAUCAAAGAGGAAAAGCAAGACGUUCACAUGGAUGACGGCUCUUCCCCAUUCCAAGGUCACACUAAUGUCCACAUGAAUUGGCUGAAGUGGAAGGAGGCAGAAGAGCGUAAGCGAACUCUCUUCGCUAUCUUCAUUCUUUCCAGUUUGCUUGUCAUCGCAUACAACCAGACACCUGCAAUCACGAACUCAGAAAUACUCCUUUCACUACCUUGUGACGAGGAGCUGUGGACGGCAGACAGCGCUAGAGAAUGGGCGUCCAGAGGAGGUGCCCAGGCCGCUGAGGCCAGUGCUACGCCAUUUGCCGCAGCAUUGAGCAACCUUUUGACGGCUAAUCAGAGACAACAAAGCAUGUAUGGCUACAACAGAUAUAGCCCUAAUGGUGACUCUCACGGAGCUAGCAAUCAACUGCGACCAAGCACUUUCGGAUGUCUAGUUUUGAUCAAUGCUCUUCACAACUAUAUUUGGGAGACACGAAGCAGACACAUCGGACGCCAGUGGACAGCCCAGGAGACCGAAUCCAUGGUCGCGCAUAUUGAGCCAGCCUUGAACGCCUGGCAAGCCGCGUGGAAAGCCAACGACCGUCACAAGCUGCAGCGACCAAACCCCUUCGGCUUGGGCCCUCUUGCAGCUGAUAGCAUUCCUUUGUUGGAUCUGGCAUUUGUGAGACUUUUUGUCAAUCUUGGAAGAUCAAAAGAGGCAUUCUGGCAACGCGACUUCGAAGCUAUGUCGGAGGAAUUGGCCUGUGGGAUCGACAUCGCGCAAACUGGUUCUCCUGAUCACUCAUCCAAUGGCUCAUCUGGAGACUCCCCCGAUUUCAUGCAAAGCGCAUAUGGUCAGGGACAAACACAGUCCUCGGGACACAGCUCGAAGCGUGAACGUCACUUGCGAAAGGCAGCCUUCUAUGCAGCCGACUCACUUGUAAUCUCGUCAAAGUGCAACCUGACGUUUGCGGACUCUUCGGCACAUGAACUUCCAAUUCAGUCAGCCAUCUGCUUCCUUGACUGCGCCCAAGUUUUGGCAGAAUGGGAAACCACUGUCCAGGAGCGUAUUGGUCGAUACGUGGGCGUACUGGGCCAAGUCGAUGUUGACUAUGGUCAGGUGCCCGCUGUGAUGUUGCUCGACACAGAGGACGUUGAGCUACUAAACAAGAUGGAGAGCAUCUGCACUGUCAUGGAGGAGAAGAUGGCCUUGCAAGCCAAGAUGUUGGCCCACGAGAUGGACUCGUUGGACCCUAAUGGAACUAUGGGUCUUCCUUCACCGCUUGAGAGGCUCAACGGACUAUCCAAAUGUGGGCUUGGCAGCAGGAUUUUGCGCAUGACUGCGCAGAUGCUUGAGAAGGCAGCUGUAUGGCCAGUCACCCACGUUAUGGCCAGCGCUCUCGAGACACAGGCAUUGCACGCCGAUCAACGCGCCGAGAAUUCCAUCAACAACCUGUCAUAG